UCCGGUCGUGGUUGCCUGACAACAAGACGCUUGAAGCGUGCUCAAAAUUGUUUCCUAGCUUUUGACGUUUUUGACGUACCUACAGAAACGAUGCCUCCUAAGCCAGGAAGUGGCAAGAAGAAAUUGUCAAAGGCUGAGAAGGAAAAGUUGAAAAAGGAAGAAGCUGAAAGGAAAGCUCAAGAAGAAGAGGAGGCAAGACUUUUGGAAGAACAAGAAGAAAAGAAGAGGAAAAAGAAAGAGAAGGCGCUAGAAGUUGAAAGAAAAAAACUUGAAAUUGAAGAGAGGAAACACAGAAAAGUUCAGAUUGAAGAAUUGAAUGAUGUGCUGGACAACCACAGAAAGGCAUUAGAGGGAGAUAACGAGUUCCGGCGCAAAGAAGCAAAGUGGAAGCGUUACCUGAUGACAGAUGGCUCCCCUGAUCCAAGCAACCAAGGGGAGAUAAAUACAUACAUCAACCUGAAGAGAGAGAACAACACAUCAAGUGACAUAGAAACUGUUCUAUUGGACAGUCAUUUGGACCUGGCUCUUAUUGAUGAGUUAGAAUUUCUACUCCAUGACACUCCUAAAGAGGAACUGACUGAUGCUGUGGUGGACCACUAUAAAACAACUAUUCAGGAGUUGCAGGAUCUGUUAAAGUUCAAGCUGGAUGCUGCCUCACAUGAGAUAUUACUGAGAGCCACAGAGUUACAGGAUCCAGAGACACUCAAUCUACAAUUCACAACAAAAAGUGAUCAGAUCUCUCUCUGUAUCUGGGGAAAUCUGUGUAAAAACCCUAGGAUCAAGUCGUAUGAGUUUACAGACACAGGCUUUAUGUUUGAGAUCCCUAAACAACUGACACUGGCAGAAUGUGCGUUCCGUGUUCUUUCCACUAAGUAUGACCACUACUCCAUGUACUGUAAGACCUACACUCCCAGAUUACGCAAGAAAAAAGAGGAACCUGUGGAAGAGGUGUGUGAAAAUGAAGAGGAGCGGGGGGAAAAGGAAGCAGAGGACGAGGGUGAGAAGACUGAAGGAGAGGAAGCUAAGCCUGAAGGGGCGGAACUAGAAAAAGAGGAUACCAUGGACUUGAUGGCAAGUCUGCGUGAGGCAAACAACGAAGAAGAGGCAGAAGAGGAGACGGGCAGUCAAGAUGGAAAAGGGGAGGAGCCAAAGGAGGAAGAGGAGGAGCCUUGGGAAGAUCCUGUCACUCCAGAACCUCCAGAGUGGGAAGACUUUGAUGGGGAUGAUGAUGAAGUUGACCUCCGAGCUUAUCAUGUCAUAGGAGGGGUAUUUCACUUCAACCUGCUGCACUUACCCCCUCAACCCAAAACAGUCAACAACUGGACUAUGACUCAGUUGGUCAACCCCCCCGUGCUGGAGUACAUGGACUAUGUAGCAGACUUCUCCUCUCCCAUCGCCCCCAGCCCCGGCAAGGACCAGAAGGAGCCCAAAGACAACCAGGAAGAGAAGAAGAAAGAGGAGAAACCCCCCAUAGGUGUGAGCAUGAGGUUACCAGAAGAUGUACUGUUCAUGGAGGAACCUCAAGUGGCACGCUGGGAUAACAUUAACAUGUGCUGGAAGCUGGACGGCUUCACAGAUAUCAAAUAUUUUGAAGAGGAGCGUAAGCUAAAAUUCAAAACCAACAGAUUUGACACAAUGGCUUUGUUACAAGACUUCCAUAUCAACAUGCCAUUCCAGUCCUGGGAGAUCAGGCCCCACUCUGCUAACAGUGCAGUGUUCACCAUCAUAGCUGCCAUUGUUGAACUCGAAAUAGAGAUCAAAGAUUCCCUGUGUUGUCUUAGUAAGCCUGGUGACAAGCCAGAGCUUAGUCACUUACUCAACAAAUGGAUGACCCCUAGGGAUUUCAUCACAGCUCUUCAGAAAGCUGGAGUCAAUGUGUUCCCAGCAGAAGAUUCUUCUAAGUAUGUCAGCAUUCAGGAAAAGAGUCCCAUAGUGGAGGAUCGACUGUAUGAGCAGAUGGCCUUAACCUCGGCGGCCAUGUCGUACUCCUGGUCCAAGUGGAACAGUGAGUGUGCUAACAGAGACUGGAUACUGUUCCAGGGAGCUGAGGCUCUUGAGGAUGAACCCCUGCUGGAGGAGGACUGGUCUCUUUUUCUGAUAACAAAGAGAAGAGCCAUGAAACUAAAGAUGACUGAAUAUGAUGAGACAUUCUCUGACCAGCUCGCUGAGGAUACGGAAUUCCAGUCCAACCUGUACCACCUUCUGAUGAACAUAGGCAGUGAGAAGGCCCAACAGAGGAUUGACAAUGUCAGCUAUCAGUUUGUGCACUGUGUCCAUCAGCUACUCUCUGCCACAAAAUUCCUUACAUAUGCCUGAGGUCAUAUUGGUAUCUAGUAACUCUGUAACAGGGGGCCUGAUAGAGUAAAGGCCCAACAGAGGAUUGACAAUGUCAGCUAUCAGUUUGUGCACUGUGUCCAUCAGCUACUCUCUGCCACAAAAUUCCUUACAUAUGCCUGAGGUCAUAUUGGUAUCAAGUAACUCUGUAACAGGGGGCCUGAUAGAGUAAAGGCCCAACAAAGGAUUGACAAUGUCAGCUAUCAGUUUGUGCACUGUGUCCAUCAGCUACUCUGCCACAAAAUUCCUUACAUAUGCCUGAGGUCAUAGCAGAACCCAGUGACUCAGUUACAUCUGACGCAGGUCCAUCCACACAGGGCCUUAGGAAGUAAAGACAAUAUGAGGCCAGUGUCUGCCCUGGCCUUGAGAAUAUCCAGCACAAAUUACAAGUAAAAACAGGAGACAAAAGUCUGAUUUGACAUCUUCACAAUGUAAUAAAAUCUUUCACAUCAUUCCAUGGGUGAUAAGUGUAUGUUUGUUUUCACACCAACUUGUACAUAACAUGUUUAUUUACAAAAUUUAUUAAAUAAUUGUAUUUGAA